UACGUUUUUUAUACCAAUUUAUUGUCUCUUUUAAAAUAUGUAUGUCUUUGAGGCUAUAGAGUUAUGUUAUGUUAUGUUCCUUCCACCAUAUUCACUUGAAUUAAACCUCAUUAAGCAGUUCUGGGCGAUUGUGGAAAGGAGAAUGAAGUACUUAUCUGGUAGAAUAUGUUAUGCUUGUAACAACACACCCGUUAAGAACCUUGAGUCUUUUUAAAAGUCUAGUUACAAAUUGUUACACUAAAACACCAUUCUAAAUAAUAUUUGUUUUUUCUUAAAAUAAAUAAAGCUACAAAUUCUCC